AUGAGCGACACUGACGACGACCGGGACGACCCGGAUUGGGUACAACGGGAGAUUGAACAUAAGCACAGCGUCAUUUUACAUCAUAAACCCAACCUGGUCAUCAAGGCCGGCUACAAUGUGCGACCUUCAGCAACGGCGGCGCUGAAACUUAUCCGACGCCACGCCCCGACGGUCCCUACGCCGGUCGUCCAUAGGCCUUGCGAAUACUAUCAUUUCUACGAGCGCGGCACCCCCUUUUACGGGAAAAUAGACAUGAGCUACAUAGAUGGUUUCACCCUCAAGGAAGUAUGGGAUGACCUUGUCGACUCGCAAAAGCAUCGCAUGUGUCAAGAUAUCUGGCAUCUCAUCAGCCAGAUUCGGGACGUCCCGCGUCCCGAAGACCUCCCCAGUGGCCACUACCGCACGACAGACGGCUUUCCUUGCCUGGAUAUGCUUGUUGGCGACCACAGAAAUGUAGCGCCCGAAGUGAUGGAUGACGAGACGCUGCGGACUCGAAUCAUCGAUCGAUAG